AGUAUAAAAAAGAUACAAAAUCACAAAUCCAUUUUCUGUUUGAUCGGAAUUGUCAAAGGUGUAGCUGAAUUUGUGCUGUUGUAAGAUCCUAAAGUGUUACCAUGAAACGUACGGUUUAUCUUAGUGCAGUAUUAAUAUUGCUAGCAAAAAUUGCAGGAGCUGACGACGUGACUCCAAAUCCCCUGUGUCCGUAUCCUUCAGAAGAUUUCACACGAUUUCCGUAUCAAGGCGACUGCACGAAAUACUGGGAAUGCUACCAAGGUCAGAGAUAUCCUAUGUCUUGUCCUGAUGGCUUCGAAUACAACUCUGAGACAGGCGUGUGUGAUUUUCCAGAUCAAGCUAAUUGUGACAGCGACGUUACUGUCACUUAUCCCACAUUCCCUCAUACCACAAGUACACCCGGAACUGGACCGACAACACCAACAACCACUGUAUGGACUCCAGAUCCUAUAUGCCCAUAUCCGUCUAGCGAACUGACAUACGUUGUGCACCCAUACAACUGCUCUCUUUAUUACGAAUGCUACCAGGGAAUAAAGUAUUUGAUGGCUUGUCCAACACCGCUUGUGUUCAACAUAGAUAAAAAAUAUUGCGAUUAUCAGGAAAACGUAGAUUGCAGCCGAACUUCAACCACUACAACUCCAGUAACGAUAGAAACCACAACAGGACCUUAUGUUACUACCAAUGAGCCGCCUUCUCCCGGAACAACUACAUCACCAGGUUCCACUACAACUCCGGCAAACUUAUGUGCAAACAUGCCAGACGGAACCUUCCUCUCUGACCCAAGCGACUGCAGUAAAUUCUACGAGUGUCUUUACGGAAAAGAGAUUUCUGGAACCUGUCCUCUAGACCUUCUUUGGAACGAACAGAAACUUACUUGCGAUUAUCCUGAAAACGUAGUUUGUAAUAAGUAAAAUACCUUUACUGUGUACUUUUGAUCUGCAGUUUAUAUGCAACAAAUAAAUAAAUAACUCUGGA